ACAGCUGAUUGCAAUGCUGUUCUUAAAGCUCUACAGCCCAUUUUUCAGGAGCAGGGAAUGACAGAAACAGUUCAUAACUGGGAAGACCAUGGUUAUUUAGCAACCUACAUUAAAAAAAAUGGCAGUUUUGCCAAUUUGAGAAUUCACCCUCAUGGAUUAGUGUUGGUGGAUCUGCAGAGCUACAAUGAUCAUACAAAAGGAAGAGAAGAAGUCGAUCAGCUCCUUAACAAAGUAGAAGAAAGAAUGAAAGAACUGUUUCAUGGUAACAUAAAAAGGGUGAAACGAUUGCCAGCCAUUUUGAGAGGAGGUGUCAUUGAUAGAUACUGGCCCACAGCUGAUGGACGCCUGGUGGAGUACGACAUAGAUGAAGUUGUUUAUGAUGAAGAUUCACCUUUUCAGAAUAUUAAAAUUCUGCAUUCAAAACAGUUUGGGAAUAUUCUUAUCCUCAGUGGUGAUGUUAAUCUUGCAGAGAGUGACCUGGCAUAUACCCAAGCCAUAAUGGGCAGUGGAAAGGAAGACUACACUGGGAAAGAAGUGCUAAUCCUUGGAGGUGGUGAUGGAGGUAUAUUAUAUGAGAUAGUCAAACUGAAGCCAAAGAUGGUUACUAUGGUAGAGAUUGACCAAAUGGUGAUUGACGGGUGUAAAAAACACAUGCGGAAAACAUGCGGAGAUGUCUUAGACAAUCUGAAAGGAGAGUGCUAUCAGGUUCUAAUUGAAGACUGUAUUCCUGUGCUGAAGAGGUAUGCCAAAGAAGGAAGGAUGUUUGAUUAUGUAAUUAAUGAUCUGACGGCUGUUCCAAUCUCCACAUCUCCAGAAGAAGAUUCCACAUGGGAAUUUCUGCGAUUGAUUCUUGACCUCUCAAUGAAAGUCCUGAAACAAGAUGGAAAAUAUUUUACACAGGGAAAUUGUAUCAACCUGACCGAUGCCUUGACCCUGUAUGAAGAACAGCUUAGCAGGCUUUAUUGUCCAGUGGAGUUUUCAAAAGAAACAGUGUGUGUUCCCUCCUACAUGGAAUUAUGGGUGUUCUACACUAUUUGGAAGAAAUAAGCAGACAUCUGAACAUCAAGAUUAUCUGCGAUUCUCCUGAGUGCACAUGCCGCAUGGAGCGUAUAGGCCUGCCACGUGCUGUGUAUUGGCAUACUCAACCUUUUAAAUUAUAUGCUGUAGAUGAUCCUGAAACUUAGUCAUGCUAUUGAUUUUGAAUUCUUUAAAUGUUUUUUAUUAUUAUUUUAAUUUAAAGGCAAAUAGAAAAUGUAUAUUUUGAUGAGCUAGGGUGUUAUUUUUUGAAAGUCAACUUAAAGAUGAAUAAGCAGCAAAACUAUAUAGCUGAUGAAUGCACUGAACCUUUAGAAUGUGAUCCUUUUUAUUUUCUAGAUCUUCACAGACUGGUUGAUUUAAGACAUCUUUAGGAUUUUAUCCCUGAAGAGUGGUUCAGGGAGUUU